AUGGAUUCUCAUCAAGAUCCGUUUGACGGCGAUGAGGAAGCAGCAUUGCGUUACGCAAUCGCGUUGUCACUCCAGGAUCCUAACGUGCCUGCAUCUCCCUCAACUGCCCAGAGACCAAUUGUGCUAGAUGAGGGCGAAGAUGAGGAAGAAGAUCUAGAAAAUGGCCCAAAAUGUCCGCCCACGCCGAAGAAACCUAGCCAGCUAGCUGGUAAACCCACCAGAACACUACCGGCGACAAGUCACUCACAAAUAGCGCCUCAUGCCACACCUUCACAUAUUAAACCCAGUAGUCUCUCAUCUCUAGGCCUUGACAGAAAGAAAAUGGAAGAGGAAAGACUUGCGCGGGUCGCUAAGCGCAAAGCCCCGCCGGAUGAAGACGCUCUUCAGCGUUUGCCACAACGUAUCAAGAUUGACGGUCAACCUAAGGUCACGCCACUCGCGGCACCUGCUCCUAUAUCCUCAGCCUCCACCAAAUCGCCGCAAUUACCUUAUCCCAAAGGCGUCGUGAGAAGAACUUGGGCUGCUGGAUACCCGCGCCAGGACGAUAUCAAAAUCGAAGAAAUAUUCCAAAAGGAUCAGCUUGAGCUUGCCGUCCUCAGUUCUUUUCAGUGGGAUGAUGAAUGGCUGUUAACCAAAAUUAAUGUGAAUAAGACGAAGCUGGUCUGCAUUGCAUUUGCCUCAAAUGAUCAGCAAAAGGAAGCAAUGAGAGCUAAUGUGCCUAGAGAUCGUAUCCGGUUUUGCUUCCCUCCCAUGAUGCCAGCUGGAAGUAUGCAUUCAAAACUCCAACUGCUCAAGUUCCCCAAUUACCUGCGCUUAGUUAUUCCCACUGGUAAUUUGGUGCCUUAUGAUUGGGGUGAGACAGGUGUAAUGGAGAACAUGGUCUUUUUGAUCGAUCUGCCUACGACAACAAAGUCAGAAACCCCUCCAACCAUGUUUAAUCAAGAGCUUUGCUACUUCUUGACGGCAUGUGGGCUUGAUAGCACUUUGAUCAACAGUCUUUCGAAAUAUGAUUUCUCGGAAACAAGUCAAUACAGGUUUAUCCAUACGAUUGGGCAGUCGCAUAUAGGAGACGCAUGGCAACGAACAGGGUAUUGUGGCCUUGGGCGAGCCGUGGAGUCAUUAGGUUUGACAACAGACUCAGAAGUUGAACUAGAUUUCGUAGUAGCAUCGCUCGGUUCAGUUAGCACUGACCUAACCUCAGCGAUAUAUAAUGCCACUCAAGGAGACAAUGGACUGAAGGAGUACAACAGAAGGACCAACGGAGGCCCCAAGAAGAAAGCCACUCAAAAGGUUGGUCCAAGCUACCAUCCCGACAAUUUCCGUAUCUAUUUCCCUUCUCAUGAAACCGUAAGCCGAAGCCGUGGCGGCAAGAACAGUGGCGGUACUAUCUGUUUACAAAGCAAGUGGUGGGAUUCUCCAAUGUUUCCUAGAGAACUGGUGCAUGAUUGUGAAAGCGUUCGACCUGGUCUGUUGAUGCAUACGAAGAUACUCUUCGUUCGACACCCCCAUCGGGACAAAUCACACUGGGCCUACCUUGGGAGUGCCAACCUUUCCGAAAGUGCUUGGGGACGUUUAGUGAAAGACCGAGCAUCUGGGCAACCCAAACUUAACUGUCGUAAUUGGGAGUGCGGAGUGCUUAUUCCCAUGGAAAGUCAAGCCGGCAAGUCAGGCUGGAGCUCAUUCGAGAACAGAAUCCCCAUACCAAUGAUCGUCCCCGGCGAGGCUUAUGGCAAAACCAAUUCCAAACGGCCAUGGCUUUUUCUAGAGGCUUAA